AUGAUCGUUAGGACCUGGGCAAGCGGACGUGGAGGCAAACAGUUCGGCAUGCUGUUCGACCGGAACGCAACGAUCGGCACCCACCUACGAAUCGAAGCUGCCACCUUCCUCUCCGACGGACGAAGCUUGCUAGAGACAAAGGGUGUAUCCCGUUUUCGAGUCAAGCGUCAAGGCAUACACAGCGACGGAUAUGCAAUUGCUGAGGUGGAGGACUUUUCUGACGUCAGUCUCUACGAGGAAGAGAUGCGCGAGGCUGCGGACUUUAGGAUGAAACCACUAGCAAGAGACCCUGAGCCCGAGGCGCCUUCGAACGACGAUAUCAACUGGAUGAAGACGAAGGCUCUCAUGAGAUUCGCUGGCCGUUCCAUAACACAAAUGGCCGCCACAAAUCCCAGGUGGCUCAACUCCCGCAUCCUGGCGGUGUUCGGCGAAUGCCCCAGUGACCCGGCCGUGUUCCCAUGGUGGUUCGCGUGCAUCUUCCCGAUCGCCGAGGAGCAGAAGCUUGCACUUCUGGACACGACUACACCUCUAGAGCGCUUUUGUUGUGUCAUGUGA